AUGAAAGAUAAAUUUGGAUUAGAUAUUGCUCACUAUGUUUCUCUCCCUUCAUUUGCAGAAGAUGCUUUAUAUAAAACUACAGGACAAGAGAUUGAGCUAUUUACUGAUGAUAAUAUAUACCUCUUCUGUGAAAAAGAGUCAGAAGAAGCCAUGAAAAAACUCUAUACUUGGCUAUUAUAUGUUGAUGCCAAUGCAUUAUAUACUGGAGCAAUGAUGCAAUCUAUGCCAAUAGGAGGACAUAGAUGGAUAACCCCAGAUGAAACUCCAGACCUUUUUAAUAAAAUUACCAAGUGGGAGAUCCCUGAUAAUGCAGAAAAAGGCUAUAUUUUGGAAGUUGAUCUUGACUAUCCAUAUAAAUUACACAAAGCUCAUACUUCAUAUUCUUUAGCUCUGGAAAAUAUCGAGAUUUCUAAAGAGGAAAUGAAUUUUGUUAGACCAAAAGGAGAAUCAAAAAAGUUUAAAAAAUUAGUAGCUAAUCCCAGUUAUAAGUCACAUAGAAUUUUAGCAGAAAAUUUAGUAGGUAUUUCUCGUCAUCAAUCAAAAGCUAGACUUA